AAAUCUCAGCCAGAGAGCAAGUUCCCGUUCCCUUGUUGGCAUCGUCCGGGCCACCUUGAAACGUGCCUGAUGCGAAGGGGUCGAACGUCGGAGCCUGGGCUCCGACUUGACGAGAAGCGUCGGGCAUAGCCAGGACUUUUUGGCGUUCUGCUAUAUAAUAAAGUUGUACGCUGCUCCUCACGUCCACACGGCUCUCCCGGACUUACCUCAGUCACGUACGUCUCUCUUCGACGAUUUACAUAUAAUCCACGACUUGUUCUGCAAAUGGGCACACUCGUAGCAGCACAACCGCCAUACUCCGUGCUAUACGAGCAGCAGCAGCAAUGGAAGUGGGACGACCGGUACAGCAUCGAUAUCGAGUUCUAUGCAGAUGGACAAGGCAGGCUUCGGUGGCAAUUCGAGCACACUCAAAUCCUUGAUUCGGCAUUCGACUGGGAGAUUUCUGCCAGCAGCACGGCGCAAGGAGCCGGCGGUGCUGAAGCCUCGCCCGCCGACACGCAGGCACGGCAUAUCGGGGAUUUCGACAUGACGCUGAAGCUACGUGGACAACCUGGCCACCAGUACACAUCCCGUGCCUUCGAGCCGAAACACUUCAAGAUUUCUAUUGAGCAAGGAAUCUUCCGUAGCCCGAAGAGAGCCGGUAGGGAAGUCCAAGACCUCCUACGGGCUAGUGGGUGGGAAGAUUACCCUGGGUCCUGGGACCGUGGCUUGCUUCCGGAAGAUGAAAGCCCGAAGUGGCGAUGGCGUUAUGCUUACCGGCUGGUCUUUGAUAAAUCACCUUAUCCUCCGGAAGAAGAAUGGGUCCAGCCCCUACAAGGACGGAUGCGUGGGAUGCACGGUAGCCACCCUGAGAUAAUGGUCGAGUUUGUCACGCAAACGCUGCCGGAAUCGGAGUUUGGCAAGCCUGCGAUGAAUGCGGCCUGGCAGAGGGAAAUGGUCCGCGUGUGGGAAGAGCGCGAGCAUGCUGACAUUGGACGGAAUCGGCGCGCCGAGCUGCACAGGGAACAUCUCGCUCGGCGGUCGCGCAUGCGCUUCUUGCCUAGGAAGGGCACCCACUAGUUUGAGCAUCGUCGUCUGUGCCGCGCACGUCGAUGCCCAGUAUUUUGUAUAUGGGCCACCCAGUGCUCCGUUCUCCACACGCCGCUCACCUCCGCCUGCAGAUCAGUCCUUUGCUUG